AUGUCCAAAUUCUUUCACAAUCCCAAAGCACAAUACAUAUUAAGAAAACUGGGCUGGGUGCCAGUUUUCGCGUUUUUUGUUGACCACGUGUACAGUGUUGCCUCGGUGAACGGUCGUUCGAUGCAGCCAACUUUUAAUCCAGACUCAAACAAACUUCGACACGACAUUGUUCUGCUGAAUCGAUGGGCUAUAGCAUGGCGGAAAUACGAAAUUGGUGAUGUGGUCACAUUAUGGUCACCAUUUGACCCCGACCUACUAAUAACCAAACGCAUUAUCGCGUUAGAAGGCGACACUGUUAUCACAUUACCACCGUACCCAGAUAAACUAGUGAAUGUGCCAAAAGGGUAUUGUUGGGUGGAGGGAGAUGAGAAUUUCCAUAGUAAAGAUAGUAAUUCGUUCGGACCUGUUCCACUCGGACUGAUAAAUGCCAAAGUGACACACAUUAUCUGGCCAUUAUCACGGUUUGGUAAAGUGCCUAUUAUAACACGUCCUGGGCGAGUGUUUUAUGGUGUUUCAAAUUUUAGUGUUGUUGGCAACAUAGUAUGA